GUGUGCGACGGCGGUGCGCAGAUCCACGUGCGGGGGCUACAGCGGCGAGGCGGCGAGUGACCGGAGCCUGGUGGUGAGUGUGAGCGGGCUGUCCGGGAGCUACUGCUCGCUCGUGUUUGUGCACAACCUGCCGGCACACACGAACGUGACGGUCCGUGACUCGACGAUUGUGACGGCGGGGCCGAUGCGCUACUCGCAGCUGAGCGGGCUGACGGACGCGGUGGCGUCGCCGCUUGUGCUGCACGCGAUGUCGCUGUUGCAGACGCAGCUGCGUGUGAGCAACACUGUGCUGAGGUCGUUGCAGGCGGGCGGGACGGCGGUGCACGUUGGCGGCGGCGUGGACCUGCUGUCGAGCGCGGUGGUGCUUGACGGCGUGUCGCUGGAGGCGUUGGGCGGUUCGACCGCGUCCGCGAUGCAUGUGGCGUCCUCGUCGCGUCUCAGUCUGCGGAGCCACUCGGUGUUCUCCGUGACGAACGUGUCGGUUGUGAGCAGCGGCGGCGGCCUUGUGCUUGGCGAGCACCUUGCGGUGGUUGACUCGGUGCUGCGCUUCGUGGGCGUCGAGGGGUCUGUUGCGUCGUCACUGGUGUGCUGCGACGGUGGGACGGUCGGUACCGGCGGGUGGCUGGACCUGCACGACGUGUGGGCGGUGGGCGAGGCGUCGUCUGUGGCAUCGCUGUCGGGUGUGACGCUUAACGGCGGCGCGGUGUCGAUUGCGCGCUGCGCUGCCACUGGCGCGACGCUUGUCUCCGGGCUGGCGAUAACGAGCGGCGUCGUGUCGGUGCAGUGCAACCGUGCCGGCGGCCGGGUGCUGCAGAGCAGCGGCGACUACCGCUUGGCCGGCCUGCCCUCCGUGAGCGUGGUGCCGUGCGACGACUGUGCGGCUGCGCUGGCGUGCUUCGAUGCGCUGACGGCGUCGUUCUCUGACUGCGUGUGCAGCUGCCGUGCCGGCGGCGUGGGCGAGGCGUGCCUGCCGUUCGACGUGCCGCCUGCGAGGGCCGGCGGCGGUGGCGAUGGCGCGGAGGGCUGCGUGAGUGGCGUGACACUGACGGAGUCGGUGACGGUUGGCGGUGGGCGUGCGACGGCGUGCUUCGACUCGGUGGUGUUCAGCGGGCCGAUCACUGUGGCGGUGGACUUGCGCUUGAUGGACGCGUUCGCUCUCGUGCUGAACGUGACGCUGCGCCACUGCGUGCUUGUGGGCGGCGCACAGCUGCGGAUUGGCGGUCUCAGCGAGAUCACGGCGCGCCUGAUGCCGCACGCUUUCGUCAACAUGACGAAUGUGACGUCGCUGGAGGGCACGAUUGUGCUGAAUGGCGCGAUGCCGCUGCACUCGCGUGUGCUGCUGGCGAACUCAACGCUGCGCGCGACGGUUGGCGGGUCGCAUUACGUGCCGGCGACUCCUGGCCACGCGGGAUCCCGGUACGGCCCCGCGCUUGUCCUGGACGGCGUCCGUCUGCUGUCGACGCGGUUUGUCAUGACGCGGUCGACGCUGGUGUGUGGCGGGGGCUCGUGCGCUACGAUCCUCGUGGAGCGCGGUCUCGACGUGAACCUGUCCAGCGUCUUCUACAUGGACAACUGCGCCGUCAAUUCGCAGAUGCACGUGAUGUACGCUCUUGCAUCGGACCUGCGCGUUGCCGACGGCUCCGUGUUCUCCAUACAGAACAGCUCGUGGAGUGCGCCGAGCAUUAACAUCUACGAAGGUGCGUGUGUGUUUGGGGACGUUGCGGUGGCUGGCGGCAGCGUGCUGCAGGUUGUGUCCAGCACUUUCCGUCUCGGUUUUGCCAUGCUUAUCACAAACGUGCUGACCGUGACUGGUGGCAGUUGGCUGUUGCACCGCGACAACGAGUUCCGCACCGCCUACGUUGUGUACGUUGUCCACGAGAACGGCGUGGCGUUCCGCGAUCGGAGUGUGUGGUCGAUACUGUACAACAACUUCACGUACGGCUUUUACUCGUCGACCAUUGCAAGUAUGACAAGCAGCUGGUCACUGCCAUCCGACUCGCGCCCGACCAUCUACGGCGUGUGCAACGAGGCAAGGGGCUCACCUGUGACGGAUUACCAAGAAGACCUCAAUAUUGGGACGCCCGUGACGGUGUUGGACUGUGGCGCUUGCACCAUGGACGCCGUGUGCUUCGCUACGAGGACGAGCAGCAUCAGCGGCUGUGAGUGCGUGUGCGCUGCUGGCGGAUACGGUGACACGUGCCUGCCAGCAGCGGUUCCGGACGGCCUUGGACCGCUCCCGCUCCCCGAUGCGAGGGACACGGAGGUCCGCUGCGUGCACGGUGGCAGCAUCAGCUCCGUGGACGAUCCUGAUCCCGGUGUGCGUGGUCUGUGCUUUGUCAACGUGACCUUCACCGCCGCGAUUGUGCUGGACCUGUGGAGCUUUGACGCACCACAACAGACACUCAACAUCACGCUGCUGCAGUGCGUCCUCAUGGGCCUGUCGAUCAGGGGGAGUGGUGCACGCGUGCACGUGAACAUCGCAUCCUCGAUGUUGGAUUCUGGAGCGUUGGAGUUUGAGGGUGGUUUUGGCGCGAGCUCCCAGAUACUGGUGGUGGGCAAUAAGAUUGUGUCGACGUCGAGCCACGCCAUUGCAUUUUUGGAUUUUUACUUCAGUGCGAAUUUUACGCUGCUGCUGCUUGACAAUUUCAUCGAAGGAAGUAGUUACGCAGUUUAUUUUUCCGAAGCUGCUGUUCUUGAUGGUGGCGGGAUUAUUGUGAAGGGAAAUACGCUGAGGGCAACGGAGGGGGGUAGCGGUUCGGAAUCAUCUGUUUGCGUUUACGCUGUUGUGAAGAACGGCGGCUACUUUGACGUGGAGAACAACACGAUGAGCGCGGUCCAUGGCGUUUAUCUUUACGGGGAUACCACCGUGAGCUCCGCGGGGCUGCUGAGAGUGGCGGACUGCAUCUUCGUUGAAAGCACGGAGGUUUUUGAUUCCACGCUGGUGUAUUUUUACGGCUCUGUGACACUCGAGGGAGGUGCGCAGUGGCGUGUGGAGGGCAACAGCGUGAGCGCGUUUUCAAUACUGCGUAUAGCAAAUUCUCAGCACAACAUUGAGCUUUUAGACAGCGGCACUAUCGUGGCGCUUGCGUACAACCGUCAGUUGGAAGAUACUUAUCCCUUUGUUGAUCUGGUUCCGUCAAACACGAUCGUGGGGUCACCCGCGCGGUUUGUGGUUGGGUGCAACCUGCAGGGCGGUGAGGAGGUGUCGUACGACGACGUGUUUCCGGAGGACGUGGUGGUGUUCAGGUGUGGCACAUGCAACGACGACGCGGCGUGCUACAUGCCCGGGACGGAGUCGGUGGACCGCGGCUCGUGCUCGUGCAGCUGCAAGGACGGAUGGCAUGGCGCGUCGUGUCUUCCCUUCGAGGUGCCUGACACGGUUGUGCCGCCCGUGGCGGAGAGAGCCGUCGACGGCGACACGAGCUGCGUGGUGAACCAGACGCUGACGAACCUCACGCUGAACAUGUGGAAGACGCACCACUGCUACGUGGGUGUGACAUUCAGCGGCGUGGGUGCUGUGCUGACCUUUUUCUUUGACAGUAUGCCGCUGCAUCUCCCCAUUAACAUCACGCUCACUGGGUGCACAUUCCUUGAGGGUGCUUUGCUGCGGUUUGUUGGGGGUGCUGGUGCGGCCGAGUCAUCCGGCGUCCUGAUCCGCGUGAGCCAGACGGUGAUGCGGUCCUCAGUUGUUGCUUUUGCACUUGCCCUCCCGCUGCACUGCGACAUUGCCGUCACGGAGGUUGACGCCGUGCAGUCCUCUGAGUUCUACUUAUCGGACACUGUGAGCAGCGCGUUGAGCGUCGUGCUUCUGCAGAACGUUGUGUUGACUGCUUCUUCGCUGUUGGUCAGCAACGUCAGGGCGCAUGCAACGAAGCACGGUGCGCUUGGUUUGUACUCGAUCGGGGCGCUGACGCUGGUGGGUGGCAGCUCGCUGUACGCGCGGUACUGCAACCUUGGUGGAUACAAACACAUUCUGCACUUGAAUACCCUCAGUGUUCGUGAUCACUCCGUUUUUGCGCUGCUCAACAAUACGAUGGCCUCCGGGACAAGCUUUCUGUUCCAGUACUCCCGAUUCAGCGUGUCGGAUCACAGCGUGUUGCGCGUGGUGGGCAACAGCGUCUUUUCAUCUUAUGUCAUUUACGUCAACAAAUUGUGGGCCGUUGAGCGGUCAAGCUGGCUGGAUUGGCGCGACAACGACGUGGGAUUGGGUGCGAUGUUCUAUGACGCUGGGUCCGCUUUUGUGAGCAUUGACGGCAGCAGUGUGGUGACGCUGACGGGCUGCAAGAUGGGCUCGACGGGGCUGUCGGAGCCUCUGCUAUCGCAGGCUGACGCCGGCUACCGGUUUCUUGCUGGGUGUCUGACGGUCGCGGGACGUGUGGUGACGACGGCGGCAGAACUGGAGCUCCACGGCAUCACCAACGCGACGACGGCUGCAGCGUGCGGGGAGCGCACAAAGGACGGCGACUGCUUUGCACCGCUGACGACGGAGGUCAUUGACUGCGAGUGCCAGUGCGCUGCUGGAGGGCACGGCGAUGUGUGCGUCCCGGCGCCUGUGCCUGCUGGCCCGCCGCCACCGCCGUCGCCACCACCGCCACCGUCGUCACCGCCGUCGCCACCACCGCCGGUUGGUGAGUGCAUCAGCGACAUGGUGUACCCCGAGGUGACGCAGACUGUGGGCAGCGGGCUGUCGUGGCUAUGCUACCGCAACGUGACGUUCAGUGGGGGCCGCAUGAGCCUGACGGUGCUGGUCGGGGCGAUGACGGGCGACGUGGCGAAUGUCACGUUCGAUGAAUGCACGUGGAGGGACGGCGCCGUGCUGGUGCUGUUGGGCAACGCGUACGCCGCUGUUAGGUCUCUGAACAUCAUCGUCACCGGCAACACGUUUUUUGACGCGCUGCUCAGCCCGGAGGGUGGGUUUCCACCUCACACGAGCAUCACGAUCAGCGGGAACCGCUUCACGGUCACGAGGCUGAUUUUUCGUUCGGGUUUGGCCAUUGACAGACCGUCGUGUGUUGCGAUGAAUGAGCUGGCGAUCACCAACGACUCCGCGGUGGUGCUCAGUGGCAAUGUGUUUCUGACCGUGUCGGCGUCGUCAAUCGCCAUUCACGUUUCCAGAUCUGCGGUGAGGGUGUCGUGGCACUCCGUGUUUGCUGUGAUGGGCAACACGUUUCAUAUGGCCGGCGGUGACAGCACGCUGAUAUAUCUUGAAGGGUCUAGGCAGUCUUCGUCGCUGAAGGUGCUGAACAACUCUGCCGUGGUGAUCCGAGGCAACGUUGUGACGAUGCCGGUGAAGUACGUCAUCUUAUUUCUUUGGGAGUUACGUGCGGAGUCUCUGUCAGCGCUUGUGUUUCAGGGCAACGACAUGCAGGGAAGCUCGGUUGUGUUUUUUUCAGGUUACUCCUCCAACAUUUACUACAACUCCUGGCUGCAGCUGAGCGACAACCUUUGCCGCGUGUCCCCAGUGGUUGCUUUUGCUCUUUCUAGCCCCACGGUGAAUCUCCGUGACUCCACGGUGUCUGUGUCCGGCAACCAAUUCAUUUCCGGCACGUUCACGCCGACAGCGCUAUGGAUACCCACGGGGCCCCGCGAUCUCACAAACGGAGCUAUUGUGGCCGCGUGCAACACUGUGAACGGCGAGGAAGCGAAUAC